UACAAUAUUAUAACUUCAAAUUAUAACAUAGUAGGCACAAAUAUCUAAACUUUCAAGUUGUCCUGCAGCUUAGCAAUGGAAAAUUCAGUAAGAGAUGUUGAUGAAGCAACAGUCCAGUCCUCUUCUGCAGGUCGAAAGAAUGGUGGCUGGAUAACCUUCCCCUUUAUUAUAGCCACCAUGGCUGGCUUGUCGAUUGCGUCUGGAGGGUGGACAAGCAACCUGAUUGUUUAUUUGAUAAAUGAAUUCAACAUGAAGAGCAUCAAAGCAGCUAAAGUGUACAAUGUAGUCAAUGGCUGCACCACUCUUCUCCCCAUUCUUGGUGGAAUCAUAGCUGACUCUUUUGUUGGUUGUUUUUCUGUCAUUUGGAUUUCUUCUCUUAUCUCUGCUGUGGGUAUCUUACUUCUACUAUUAACAGCAGCAAUUGAUGUACUAAGACCUGUAGCAUGUGAUGAUGGAUCCAGUCUCUGCGCCGAUCCAUCAAAACACCAGUAUGUGGUAUUAUAUGUGGCUCUGGGAUUGGCAUCACUAGGGAUUGCAGGUACACGUUUUACAAUUGCACCCAUGGGAGCUAAUCAACUUGACAAGCCAAAGCAUCAAGCAAUUUUCUUCGAUUGGUACAUAUUCGCCUUUUACACGUCCUUUGCUAUAAGUACUACAGCCAUUGUUUAUGUGGAGGACAAUGUUAGUUGGUCAUGGGGUUAUGGCAUAUCUUUGGCUUGUAACAUCCUUGGCUUGGCAAUUUUCCUUGUUGGCAAACGUUUCUAUCGUGAUGUUAGGGAACAAGGAGGUAGUCCUUUCGUUAACUUAGCACGUGUGGUAGUCGCUGCUAUUCAGAAAUGGAGAGUCCCUCUAUCGGAACAAACUCAGCACUACUAUCAUGAUCCAAGUAACAAAAUCCCAAUGACAACUUCUCCGGUUCCUACGGAAUCCUUCAAAUUCUUGAAUUGUGCAGCUCUUAUUACGGAGGGAGACAGCAAAUCAGACGGCUCGAGGGACCCUUGGAGACUAUGCACAGUACAACAAGUAGAAGAUUUGAAAAGCUUGAUCAAACUUUUCCCUCUAUGGGCUAGUGGUUUUCUCAUAUCGACUCAAUUAGUCAUACAAUCGAGUCUGCUAAUUCUUCAAGCUCUCAAAAUGGAUCGCCAUAUGGGACCUCAUUUCGAGAUUCCAGCAAGUUCUAUGUUAGUCUUCAUAUUGCUAUUUACUUGUAUAUCCAUAUUCAUCCUUGACCGGUUUUUGUAUCCUUUUCUAGCUAAAUACACUAGGUUUCCCCUCACCCCUCUUCAGCGUAUCGGAAUAGGCCAUGUAAUAACUGUAUUUAGCAUGGCUGUUUCCGCCCUGGUGGAGUCAAGACGACUGAAGCUCGUUAGAUCUCACAACCUCCUAGGCAAAAAUGGUGCAAUCGUUCCAAUGUCCGUCUUCUGGCUAGUGCCACAGCUAGCUCUUAAUGGAAUCGGAGAAGGAUUCCAUUUUCCAGGACAUCUUGGAUUUUAUUACCAAGAAUUUCCAGCAUCCUUGAAGAACACCUCAACUGCCAUGGUUUCGUUGUUUAUUGGUAUCGCAUACUACAUAGGGAACGCGUUGAUUGAUCUGGUUCAACGAAUAUCAGGAUGGUUGCCAGACAACAUCAACGAUGGGAGAAUGGAUAACGUCUUUUGGCUAUGUUGUGCCCUGGGCUCAGCUAACUUCAUUUAUUACCUCGUGUUCGCCUCCUUGUACAAGUAUAAAAAUGUGCAUGACAAUCCAAAUGAUGAGCCUAGUAAAUGAUACUAAUUGCUUAUAAUUCAAGAAACAUGUAUAUUUGUCAUGGUUUAAAUAUCGUACUUUGUUCAAUUACUAGUGUUAAUAAGCUCUUUACAGACAAUUACUAUGAAUAAAUGAGAGAAUAGUUACUAAGGGGUAAAUUGGUGUCAACUUUGUUGUUAUGCAGUGUCAAUGUUGAUCAACUGA